AUGUCCAUUACCUUUGAUGCGAUUACGGGGGCAGACCAAAGUAAGAAGAAGUUAUGGGAGCGAAUUCUGGAACAAUAUAAACAACAUAUUGGUGUUCCAACUGAGCGAAAUGAUGGAGGUUUAAUGAAUCGUUGGUCGGUGAUCCAACAAAAAAUCAACAAAUUUUCUGGCUGCAUGACUACCAUAGAAAUGAAUCGUCCUAGCGGCUUCAGCAGUGAUGAUAUGAUGAUAGCAGCUAAAGACCUGUUUUGUAGCCAGACAAGUGGUGAAUUUAAGUUAGAAAGUUGCAGGGAGAUAUUGAAACAUAACAAUAAAUGGAAUUCACAUUGUGCCGAACAAGUAGGAAAAGGAAAAAAGAAAAAAGAGCCGAAGAAGAGGAAUGGAUUUGACUUUGAUAUUAAUGAGUCUAUUGGGCACUCAUUACCAUCUACUCCGUCAAGUCAUGCAGCCACGACAGAUGGAGCUUCAACUGAAGAAUCACCACAUAUAGGGGAAAAUGAUUCACCCGGUGUGAAAGAAUAUCAACUACAAAGACCAGGAGGAAGAAAAGCGGCGAAGCAGUGUCGAGCAAAAAUUAAUUUAACGAAUGAAUUGCAAACUUCAUUCGUUUCAAAAUUUAAUAAUAUCACCACCCAUUUUGAGAGUCGUCGGGAAAAAAUGCAAGAUGCCCAAGUUGCACGAGAAGUAAGAAAAAUGGAGAAAGAGAAGACAAGGAAGUUAGAGAUUCUAGAGAAACAGAGACUUGAAGAGAAGAAGCUUAUGUUAAUAGAUCCAAAUUCGGCACCAACAGUAGCGGGGAAAGCUUGGAUUAUUGCACGACAAAAUGAGAUAUUGGCAUAUUUGAAUUCACCGUCUGCCCCAAAGUUCUCAUAG